AUGAAUAAAACCAGUGCAGUCAGUUUAUCUGGGAGCAUAGCAUCUUCUCUUAAAGAUAGAACCAUUCAGGAAUCUAAAAUUAUAAAACAGAGACACCGUCAGUCACUCUCUACUAAACUGUCAACAAAACUUAGUGGGGGAAAAUUACGAACUUCUUCAGAGAGAAAGGAAAUGGUGUCUGGAAUUUUUCUCCAGUUAUCGGAAAGGCGGAGGGCAUCACAAAAAAGCAAUAGUUCCAUUGCCGAAAAGAAAACGAAACAGGCCUCUCAGAAGUUAGCUGGUAAGGAGGCAGCUGCCUUGGCAGCACAGGCAAGGAAGCUUGGAAUAGCGUUUUUGCAGCUGGACCUCAUGCCCCUUCUAGCAGGUGAACACUAUACGGCCAGUCGAUGGGGAGAGAAGUCCCCCAAACUUAUUGAAGCAUACUUAGGUUUUGCUAUUGACAAACCUAUUAUGAAUGAGAAACACAAACAUGACUUAAAUCCACUGAUUAUUAGGAUUCAGUCUGCAAAAUGUCUACCAACUACCCCUGUUCCAAUUGAAGAGCUGCAGAGAACUUGCGUUCCCGUUUACUGCAAAUACACUUUCUACAAUAUGUGUCCCCAUCAGACUCAAGGUCGAGAUCAUGGAACUGAUGUCUUCUUUAAGGAUACCAAUGUGAUUCUUGUAGGAUUAAUAGAACCUGGAAAAUUGAGUGAAUACCUAAGAGGUCCACCUUUGGAAGUUGAAGUUCAUGACCGAGACAAGAAAAUGGAAAAUACCAAGAUAAAGCGAUCUUUAUUUGGAGAGGAACCAGGAGACAGCAAGCUAAGUGACAUAAGCACUGUAACUUUGAAAUACAUGGUCCAAAAUCCCAUUAAAGCCACAGAAAAUAUUUGGAGUCCAUAUGGAGUAGCUAAAAUCAACCUGAGCAAUUUACUGCUUGGUGAAAAGACCUUGAAUUUCUGUGCACCAAUUCACAACUGCUCAAUUCAAGAUACAUCUCUUUCCCAAGGAGAAAACACCAGCCCGAAGGCUAAAACAACAGACAAAUCUGAAGUUGUUCAACUUCCAGUGGGGCAUUAUGUAAAUGCAGAGUCAUAUCUUAAAGUGAGAAUUGAAAUAAGUGUACCAUUAGGUCUUACAGAGGAAGAAGAGGAUGCUGCUGCUGCACAUUGUCCAUAUGGCUGCAUCAUUUAUCUUUUUGAUUAUAAAAAUACAUCGCUCUUACAUUAUUUGAUGCAAGAGAUUACAGAAAUUAAUGCAGAGGCUUUCCUGCUUGAUUCCUAUCCCACAAAUAUAACUCAAAAGUCUCUUAAUACUUUGAAACUGAAUAAGAAACUUUCCUUAGAAGAGUUGUCUCAGCUAGAUAUUAUUACUGGGUUUCACAUAAUAGAUGGGUCCAUUCACCUUCUUAUCCUGGAAGGUUUCAGAAAUAAAGCACUUAAGAGGAUGUGGAAUAAAAAAAUUGAUAGGGUGCAGGAAACUAAACAUGGGAGAUUACAGAUAUUCUAUAAUUCACGCUUGUCUUUUCACAAGCGCCUGUAUAUCAAUCUCGAAGCUAUCCUGCUUCACAUCCGUCUCUGCAAGCCGCUGUCAAGUAUAAUGAGGCAGCCUUUGUUAUACAUCAGGGAUAUGAUUCCUCAGCCGUGCUUUGAAGCUCUUUCCAGCCAUGGGUCUAUCCAAGUAGUCUCAGGCCUGACUCACUUAGGUGGACAUACAGUGGGUCUUGUUUUGUCUCUGAGUGAUCGUUCAGUGACUCUGAGUCCACGAUCAGAUCACUUCCUGGUCCGGAUGAGAUUUGUUGCUGCCUGGAACCUCCAUAGGGCAGGAGGACUGAUUAGGAUGCAAUAUUGUUACUCAUUGUUCAUUCUUUCUCUCCAUACUUUAUUCUGUAGACUUGAUUACAUCUGCCACAGUAAGAAGUUAAGGGAAGUGAUCCAUUGCAGUCUCUUGCCUUCUGCAGAAAUGAUUACAAUGUUGAGUCAGGAGUUUGGGGUUCCCUUGACUAAAGCUGACAUGUUCGUACAGGAGUCCCCUGAGAUCUUGGCAUCAUGUCGUAAAGUGAAAAAAGGCAUGAGGCAAUACAGCUCCAAGUUGGAUAAUUAUAAUGAGGAGUAUGUACUGGGAAAAAGGGAACAAGAACAUCGGGCACCACAUAACUAUAUCCAGUCCAAUAUUGACUACGUGAACUUCCUCAGCGAGAUGCUUGAAAGAGAAGUCCCAAGAACUAUCAGAGCUUUCCCUUUUAGUAAAAAAGCUAUCUUUAACUAUAGUUGUCACACUCUGAAUUCAGCAGAAAUUGCAAAGAAUCUACUUCGCCAAGAAAUGGCACAGAUGCCAGGAAAAAGAUUUGCUUAUAAUGACUAUCUGUCAGGUAUGUUUGAUCCAGUGGAUGAAGACAGUAUAUUAAAGCAGUCUUUUGAACAAUCAAAGAAACUGUGGUUGUAUUCUGGAGGGUUUGCAAAUCCUGGAUUUAAGAGCAGCAUAGAUGCCAACAAGCAUCCCCGUAUGCCUGAUGAGGCACGACUGAUGGAAUUAAGAGAGAAAUGGCAGGAGAAUUUUUUCAAUGCUAACAUUAUGAAGCCAGUGCUGGAUCGGGGUAGAUGGAGAUGGGACAAACGGGAUGUUGAUUUUGAGCUUUACAAAAAACCUGUCUACAAAACCCUGGCUCCCGACCCUCGUGGAGAAGAAUCUGAGUGA